AUGAACCACCGUAACAUGCCUACUGUAGCCGAGCUCAACUCCAGAGCCGUAGUCCCCCGCCAUGUGGUCGGGUUGUUGGAAACCGUCCAACGUAAUGUUCCAGAGAUGCGCCGUUCUACCAGGUUGGCUAUGAGAGAAACCAGGAAGCGGCCACGACAACAGCAGCAAAAUGGGGAGGGCUCCUCGAGCUCAAAUGUUGCUCCACGGCCACGACACAAGAUCAAUGACAAAAGGAAUAAUCUCUUGAAUAACACCGAUAAGCACUUGAUGACAAAAUGUCGUAGAGAACGCUUCGAGAACUUCCGGCUGCGAAUGCGCCUUGGUAAAUUGCGAUUUGAAUACAAAAAGACAUAUGGAGAGGUACCAAUACCAGAUCCCAAUACCCGUUUGAAAGAUCGCAUUGACAAUUUGGAACGUGAAUGGAAACGAGAACGUGAGGAAGCUGCGGCAGCUCCAUCACGUGAUGGUCCCGUUGAAAAUCGACUCGAGUGA